AUGGAUGUCAUAAUCAAGGCUAAUGAUGUCCAAGUUUCACAUAUCGUAGUUGGCACUUCCAGUCUCAGAGAGGAAGACAUCGCUGUGUCCUCUGGAAAGCGUUCCGAAGUUUGCUUUGCUCGAAGCUGCACCUGGUCCCAGUCUGUGGACGGACACGUCUACAUGGAUUACAGCCUUUCUCCUGAAUACUGUACGUGUACGUAUGUUUCUUUCCAUCUUAGUGUAACUACUAUAGAUUUAGAAGCCAUUCCAACAUCAUGUGUACGGCUCAUGUUUAGGUGUUGGUCCGACCUCGGUGCACGUGGUAGAAGACAGGCCGUGUCUCUGCAGAACCUGGACUGCUUAAAGGUGGGAGUCCUUUCCUAUGGAUUUCUGCACACCUUGGGCUUUGUGCAUGAGCAGUCGCCCUACGACCGGGACAAUUAUUUCACUAUCGUGUGGCCUAACAUUUGGAGAGAUCGUUUCAACAUUGAAAAAUUCAAAGUGACUCAAAAGUGACACCCGCCGUAUGACUACAACUCCAUCUUGCACUUUGGGAUGUAUGCCUACUCUCGGGAUGGGGAGCCAUCCAUCACUCCUAAGAACUGCAGGCAUGUCAAGCUGGGCCAAGCAUCAAUGCUGAGUCACAUUGACAAGCUGAAAAUCAACGGGUUUUAUCAAUGCCAACUUGUACACCCAUACGUCAGGUUUGAGAUUAUUAGUAAGAAAGUUGUUCUUGCUAGCAUGGAUGUGGAGGACAUAUCCUCGGGAACAUACAUUCAAUUUGUUCCACGCUCUCGUGACGCCAACUUCCUAAAAGUGCAGUUGAGGAACGGCCGCUGGUCGUUCCUGGGGCGGAUCGGAGGACGCCAGACCGUUUCCAUGCAGAUCCCCGAGUGCACGUGGUCAGGAGCGGCUGCGCACGAGUUCUUUGUGCACGUACAGUCUCACUGAGACAGAGACCGCUAUGUCACCGUUGUUUGGGAUAACGUCACGCAAGAACAUGUCCGCACCUUCCACAAACAUGAGACAAACAACCUCAACAGCACAUAUGAUUAUAGUGUCCUGCGUUAUGGAAGAUAUGCCUACUCUGAAGCUGGUGGACCAACAGUAAUCCCCAAACCAAACUGGGGUGCAAGGAUCUACAUCCCAAUUGUGCAACGAGACGGAUCCAGUGCUCUUGGUAUUCACGAGAUACAUGUUUUCUAUAGCCGUGGUAGGUAA